AUGCAUUUCUCCCAAAUCCUCGCCCUCGCUUCAAGCGCUGCUCUAGUCGCAGCAGCGCCAGCUCCCAUUCCAGUUGGCGUCGACGACGUCAUCCUCUACGGCAAAGGUGGCCGCUACACCAUGAUGAAGCGCUCUGACUUCGAUGAGGUUGACAUGCUCCGCAAGUCUGGCGUUGCUCCCCCCAAGCCUGGCUACCUUGACGACACUCUCAUCACCCUCACAGGCGACGAGAUUGUCAAGUCCAAUGCAACUGUUCAGAAACGUGGUACCCUGCUCAUCGUCCCCAACCCUCACUCUCGCUUUCUAGGCUGGGACGUCCAGACUAGCGCGGUCGUAAAGGGUGCCCCAACCACAAUCACCAUCUCCACAGGCUACAGCGUCACAAACUCCAUCUCCGUCGGCUCGAGCGCAUCUUUCAGUUUCCUGAAGGGUUUCCUCAGCGCCACCGUGAACAUCGACUACAGUAAAUCAUGGCAGACCACUCAGACUCAGCAAUUCAACGCCGAGGUGCCCGCGGGCAAGUACGGCGCUUUCGUAACCAACGCAUGGACAAACCGCGAGAGCGGCAACAUCUGGGAGGGAACGAUUGGCGGGGCCGGACGCUUGACCUACUACCAGGCGGAUUCGUUUGAGAACAAGCGCUAUGGAGAUCUGGGCUGGGUUGAUGGUGUUAUCACGCUUUGCACGGGCGUUACCUUUCCCCUCAGGAGGUGUAUUGGUCAAGGUACCUUAUAA